AUAGACACUGGGAGCUGCUUGAUCUGGCGGAAGAAAUGGACCUUCUAUAAAGGGGAACUGGGUAGUGGCACUUCUAUAAUUAUCACAUCCAUCCAACAUUAAUUCUUGACUUCGCCGUCCCCCCCCAGCUGGUGAUUCCAGCCUUUCUGGCUUGUCAACUAAUUACUCGUGCCCUUGCCUUCCACCGGAGAGCAUCCACCACAUCAUGGACCACGACAGCGACAAAGCCGGCGCCAUGGGGGCUGACGAAGGAAGGAUCGGGGUCGUCGAGUCGAAGGGCUCCACGGCCAUCGAUACCGAGUUUACGGAAGAAGAACAGAAGCACAUCAUACGCCGACUCGACAGACGCCUCAUCACAACAGUCGGCAUAAUGUACUGCGUCUCCCUCAUGGACCGGACCAACUUGGGCGCGGCAAACAUUGCUGGCAUGGACGUGGAGCUGGACAUGAACGGCCCUGUCAACGGCAUCCGAUACUCUAUCGUGACCCUCGUCUUCUUCGUGACUUACGUCCUUUUCCAACCUCCGUCGACGAUUAUUGUUCGAAAGGUCGGGCCCCGCAUCCACUUGUCGUUGAUCACCUUGCUCUGGGGAGCAACCAUGAUUGGGAUGGGCUUUGUCAACGACUGGAAGGCUUUGACGGCCCUCCGAGUUCUCUUGGGUAUCCUCGAGGCUGGCUUCUUCCCCAGCUGCGUGUACCUGCUUAGCACUUGGUACACAAGAUAUGAGGUCGGAAAGAAGUAUUCCCUGUUCUACCUUCUCGGCUGUGUGGCUGCUGCUUUUGCGGGAAUCCUCGCCUUCGGACUCAUGCAAAUGAAGGGCAUUGCCGGCCUGGGCGGGUGGCGCUGGAUUUUCAUCUUCCAGGGCCUCAUCACCUGCCUCAUUGGCAUUGGAGGAUACUGGUUCCUCGUCGAUUUCCCAGACUCGAAGCGUGCCUCGUGGAGGUUUCUCGGCGAACGCGAACGAGCGUGGAUCGUCGCCAGAGUCGAUGCCGAUCGCGGCGACUCCCAAAUAACCACCUUCAGCUUCGCAAGGUACCUGCGCGCUUCCACGGACUGGAAGAUCUGGGCGUACGCCAUGAUCUUCUUCAACACGACCACCAUCACGUAUUCUCUCGCCUAUUUCCUCCCCAUCAUCCUCGUGAAGAACAUGGGCUUCUCCGUCGGCGAAGCCCAGUGCCUCGUCGCACCGCCGUACGCCUUUGCUGGCAUCGUCAUGUACGGCACCGCCUGGCUCGGCGACAAGUACAAGCUCCGCGGGCCGGUUAUCGUCUUCAACAACCUGCUGUGCAUCAUCGGCCUGCCCAUCGUCGGGUUCCAUCCGAAUCCCGGUGUGAGGUACUUUGGGGUGUUCCUGGUGACGGCCGGCGCCAACAGUAAUGUGCCUGCUGUCAUGUCGUACCAGGCCAACAACAUCAGGGGCCAGUGGAAGAGGGCUUUCUGCAGUGCCACGCUCGUUGGGUUUGGCGGGGUUGGUGGCAUCUGUGGAAGUUUGGUGUUCAGGUCCCAGGAUGCUCCGGAAUACAGGCCGGGCUUGUACGCUGCCAUCGCGUGCUGCCUUCUUAGUAUCAUCCUGGUUGGCGUUUUGAGCGUCGACUUCUACUUCCAGAAUCGGAAGGCAGAUAGGGAUGGGAAGGUGCUGGAGACUGGCGAUGAAGACAACCAUUCUGGAUUUCGCUACACGUUCUGAUUGGGGGUGGAUAUGUUGGGUCUUCUUGCGUGCUGCGUGCCAGCGAAUAACCCUAUCCCAUAUUAAGACCUCAUGACCG